CUACUUAGCUGCAUUUGUAGGCAAAAUAUUUUCCACCAUAUAAAUAUCACCACAAAGCAUAUACUUUUCUUUCAUUAUAUAUAACAAAUUUGCCUAAAGUUGAGUUCAUAUACCUAAACUUCUCUUCCAUUUUUCUAUACUAUCAAAGUAUCAAUUGAGCUGAGUCAAUCGAUUCAAUGGAGUGGAUUCGUGGUCCGAUAAUUGGCCGUGGCUCUUCGGCCACUGUUUCACUCGCUACCGAUUCUUCUGGAGUAGUCUUUGCUGUUAAAUCUACUGAACAAUCUUGUUUGCAAAGAGAGUAUUCUCUUGUUUCUCAGUUGAAUUCCCCGUUUUUAGUUAAGUGCUUCGGUUUUGAACAAAAUGAACAAGUUUAUAAUAUGUUUAUGGAGUAUGUACAAGGUGGAACUCUUUCUGAUUUGAUUAAGAGACAAGGAGGUUCGUUGAAUGAAUGUAUGAUCAAAUUAUACGCUCAACAAAUCUUACAGGGAUUGGAUUAUCUUCACUCCAUUGGGAUUGUGCAUUGUGAUGUGAAAGGGCAGAACAUUUUGAUUUGUGAAAAUGGGAAUGUUAAAAUUGCUGAUUUGGGAUGUGCGAAAUUGAUGAAAGAUGGAAAAAAUUCUGGAUUUUCCGGUACACCGGCUUUUAUGGCACCUGAAGUUGCUCGAAGCGAAGAACAAGGAUUUGCGGCUGAUAUUUGGGCUUUUGGUUGUACAAUUAUUGAGAUGGCUACAGGAUUAGUUCCUUGGUGUGAGAUCAAUGAUCCUGUUUCUGCUCUGUAUAGAAUUGGUUAUUCAGGGGAUAUGCCACAAUUCCCAAACAAUAUGUCAAAGGAUGCCACAGAAUUUCUCGGUAAAUGCUUGAUGAAAUGCCCGAACCAGCGUUGGACUGCUAAACAACUUCUUCAACAUCCGUUUUUGCAAUCUGUAGAGACAAAUUCAUGGAAAUUUGAAGAAUUGAAGAGGGAUUCUCCUACAAGCAUUUUGGAUCAGGGGUUUUGGAAUUCGUUCGAGGUGAUGGAAUCGUCUUCAUUCGAGUCAACCAACACCAUUGAUUCUGCUGCAGAUAGGAUCAGACAAUUGAUUGGUACUGAGGGAAUAUCAUGCUCUUUGAUGCCUAAUUGGAUUGAGGAUGAAGAUUGGGUGACAGUUAGAAGCAACGAAACAGAAGAAAAAUCGAUAAUUUCAGAGCAAAACUGCGAGAUGAUCGAUGAUUUUGGAGAAUUGUUGGAUAUGGAUACAUCAGUGUCAAUAAUUUUUCCUGAAGAUGAGAUUGUGGACUCACUGAACUUAGAAGCUCUUUUAGUUGAUUGCAUUAACUAUGAGAUUAUUAGCAUUUUUCAUACGGUUAAUAGUAGUAUAAAUUUGAUUAUUUCUCCUGAGAUUGUUGGAGAUGUUUUUGUAUCUGAAUUCAAUGAUUCUGAAAUGAAAAGAUUGAAAUUUUUUGGUCCAAUUAUGUAUUCAUUUUCUCAUUUGACAUUAGGUGUUUAUUAG